AUGUCAGAAAUAGUAGAAGAAGAAAGAAAAAGGUGUGCUCGCCAUCCUUGUAAAACUCUUACAACCUCCUUAAUUACAAACUUGCCAGAUGAUUGUCUGAAUCUUAUAUUCCUGGGCCUAAAAACUAGCAUUGAUCGUAGUUCCUUUGGUUUAACAUGUCGCCAAUGGCUUCGAAUUCAAAACUACAAUCAUGAAUCAUUAUGGUUUCAUUCUCCUUUGAGUUCAGAUACACUAUUAGAAAUUGGCCCAGAAAACUUCUCUAUAAUUCUCUGUAAGUUAUUGGCACGAUUCCAAUACCUCAAAUUUCUUUCUCUAUCAGGUUGCCCUGAGCUAACAGAUGUUGUUACAUCACAGUCACAGUAUUUUGGAUCACACAUUCAGGUCCUAUACCUAGACAGCUGCUCUAAGCUUUCAGAUAUAAAACUCUGUUUAAUGUUAUCUUGGUUCCCUCGUUUGACCACAAUAAGUCUUAAAAAUUCUCGAAUUACUGAUAAAGGAUUAGAAAUCCUGGCACAAUCUUGUUCAUCCUUGCAGAAUGUUAACCUGUCUAAAUGCCAAUUGAUUUCUGACUCGGGAGUCAAAUUUGUCUCACAAAACUGUCGCCAACUCUGUUCACUGUGUAUUUCAGACUGUAGAAAUAUAAAGGGUAUUGGUUUGCAUGGGUGUUCACAAACAUUAAGUUAUCUUGAAGCAGAAGGUUGUAAUCUUGAAUCAGAGGGAAUCAAAGCAAUUGUUAGUGGAGGUGGGAUUGAACAUAUGAAUCUGGCUGGAGUCCGGGAGCCUUUUUGUUAUAAAGGAGAAGGAUAUGAACUGAGCAAGAUUGGAGAAGGAUUCGCCAUUAAUCUUCGAGUUCUUAAUCUUCAAAAUUGCGGUUCAGUGGUAAAUAACAGGACAGUUACAGUGAUUUCCAAAGGAUGCCCUUCGUUACAGGUAUGCAACCUAGGAUUCUGUUAUAUGGUAGAUCUUGAAGGAUGGCAAGCUAUUGGGUUGAAUUGCCAUAACCUAGAGGAACUUGAUGUGACUGGGUUCUUGGGAUUGAAAGACCUAGGGUUGCAAGCUCUGUGUGAUGGGUGUAGCAAGCUUACGAAAUUACAUAUUUGGGACCUGAACAACAUCAGCUUUCCUGCUGAAAAGAUGUUCGAUUCCAAAAGACCCAAUGUGAUCUGA